GGAAUUCCCGCAUUGAAUGCCAUACAUCAACAUGCUGCUAACGAAAGCCAAGGAAGAUCUUCGCACGUCCAAAGAAACGACGCCGUUGAUUCGAGGGGACGUGAAUGGAAGCCCACCGCCGCCCCCGACGCUAGCCCACACGCUGUACUUCGUCGCCACCGACAGCUACAUCAACCUGCUCUUGCUAUUCCUUCCGUUUGCCAUUUAUUCGUCGUACGCGGAGUGGGGAGAUACAAUUGUGUUUGUGUUCAACUUUGCUAGCAUGAUUCCGCUCGCCAAAAUUAUCGGAGACGCCACGGAAGAAGUGGCGUUCCACACAGGGGACACGAUUGGCGGGUUGGUCAACGCCACGUUUGGCAACGCCGUGGAAGUCAUCAUUGCGAUCUUUGCUUUGCGAGACGGCCAAAUCGCCGUCGUGCAGGGGUCGCUGCUCGGGUCCAUUCUGUCGAACUUGCUCCUUGUGCUUGGAUGCUGCUUUGUGGCUGGAGGGGUAACCCAAUCCGUGUCCAAGUUCAACGAAACAAAUGCAUCAGCCAACUCGUCGCUGCUCAUGGUGUCUGCUUUCGCAAUGCUCGUGCCGUCGUAUUACAAGCACACGACAUACGAAGAAAAACCCGAGACCAAGGCGAUUGUGCUGGGACUGUCGCACAUCGCGGCCAUCUUCUUGCUCCUCAUGUACAUUCAAUUGUUGUACUUUCAAAUGAAGACUCACGCGCACCUGUUCGACUCGAGUGAGAACGAUCUGACUGCCGACGACGAAGGCAUUGACGACGACACGCCCGACCACACGAACAUGACACUCAGCAGCAGCGUCAUCGUGCUGGGCCUUGCCACCGUGCUCGUGUCUAUUCUGUCGGAAUACCUCGUCGGUUCGAUCGAUGGAUUUGUUGCGUCGGCGCAUGUGAGCAAAUCCUUUGUGGGGAUUAUUGUGCUGCCGAUUGUGGGUAACGCCGUCGAGCACUUGACUGCGGUUCGUGUCGCGCUCAAACACAAGAUGGAGCUGGCGAUGGGGGUUGCAGUCGGAUCCGCCACGCAAAUCUCGCUCUUUGUGGUCCCGGUGACGGUGCUGGCCGGAUGGAUCAUGGACAAACCCAUGACGUUGGCGUUCCCAACCUUUGAGGCGGUGACGUACGUGUCUGCAGUUGUGAUCGUGUACGCCAUCAUCGUUGACGGCAAAUCGCAUUGGCUUGAAGGUUCCAUGCUCCUUACUCUGUAUGGCCUGAUUGCCAUUGCGCUUCUUUGGGUGCAUGUAUGAUAGAGGAAAUGAGAGAGAUAACGACAGAUGGUGAAAUACACGACGACAUACAAAGGCCAA